AUGGACUUGACUCUUCGAAAUGAACCUAUUGAAGAGGUGCAACAGAUGAAGUAUAUGGGUAUUAACGUGGAUAAUAAAUUGCGAUGGAGACAACACAUUUCGUAUGUGUCCAACAAAUGUGAAAAAGUUCUUCUCGGCUUUAUGAGAAUUUCCAAAAAUGUUUAUGGUGUGAAGACUGACGUUCUUAAACUAAUCUACAAGAAGGGCAUCGUUCCACUUAUUUCCUAUGGUUCAAGAGCUUGGGGGAACUCCUUGCGGAAGAAAACAAAUAGUAAACUCCUCAGAAGAGUUCAAAGAAGAUUUCUGAUUCGAAUUGUUAGGGCAUACAGGACAGUUAGCUACGAUGCACUUUUUGUUAUUUCUGGACUUCCGCCUAUCGAUUUUGUCAUUCUAAACGACAUUGAGGCCUGGGGUAUGAUGUCCAAACCUCGUCCAUGCAAUUUUUUGAAUGGCAAGCUACCCAUCUCCAGUUUACCACAUCCUUCGAGUAGAAAGCCCAUUACUGUUGUAAAUUGUGACAGUAUCAUUCUUGAUCAUUAUAAUUUAACUUGUUUUACGGAUGGUAGCAAGUUGGAAGGCAGAGUUGGGCUGGCUUUUGUUGUAUAUGAAAAUGGAAUGAAGAAAGAAACCGUCCAACAUCGCAUAUCUGAUGAGUGCUCUGUUUUUCAGGCAGAGCUUUUGUGCUUAAAUCUUGCAGUAAAAUGGCUUCAGAAUUUCUAUAAUACGUCUGGAACUGUAAAAUUUAUCAUAUCUAGCACCGAAAGGCUUGUGGUGGAAGUUCAUUCUAUUCAUAGUGCGCUUGAAAAUGUUGCUGAUGUUCAUUUCACCUAUAUUCGAGGUCAUAGUGGAAAUUUCGGCAGCGAAAGGACAGACCAACUUGCUAAGCAAGCGACAAGGCGCGGUAUUGACUUAAACAUGGAUAUUCCUGGGUCUCACUGGAAGUUUUUGGCAAAGGAGAAAACUAUUGCAGACUGGAACACGGAGUAUCUUGCCUCCUCAAACGCACGGUGGACAAGGAGGUUCUUCCCUACUGUUUUUCAUCGUCAGCAGUGCAGCUAUUUUUCUACAAAUUUUAAACUGUCUCAAUUUCUCACUGGCCAUGGAAAUUUUAAAAGUUACUUGUUUAGAUUUGGCAUUUCGCCGAAUUUGCUUUGUGACUGUGGAGUUGGCGAGCAGAGCGCUGAACAUGUUCUUCUGCACUGCAGUUUACAAGAUGGCCCUAGGACUGUCUUCAGAAAAGGUUUGGCAAAUUUUUCCUUAUGCUGGCCGCCUGUUUUCUCGGAUCUUGUUAAAAGAUCCGAGACUUUUGUCAUCUUGUCUGAUUUUGUUAACAGUCUAAACUUUUAA